AUGGCAAGCAGAGCCAAUCUGCGUGCUGCUUUUGCUCGUCUCAAGCUUUUUCUCCGUCAAUUAAAUCUAUUCAAUACUAACAGUGCAGAUGGAACCGUUACACACAUUGAACGUCGAUCAACUCGUCUUUACUUAGUUCUUUUCAUUUCAUCAAUGAUAAUCCUUACACUAAUCUACAAUAUUAUAUCUUAUACAACAACAAUUGUUGUUUCAUCUCCUACUUUAGCAGAAUAUUCUAGUUUGACAGAAAAAUCAGCAUUGCAAUGUUUUUGUUCAAAUAUAGCAGUAAAAUAUGAAAAGUUCGUUCAGAUUCAAGUACAUUAUCAUGAAUUGUGUCAAAGUGAUUUUGUCUCUAAUGAUUGGAUCAAACAUUUACAUCUUCUAUAUGAUCAAAGCUGGAAUAAAUCAGAUAGAUCUGAUUUUCGUCGGACAGGUGCAUUUCAAUUUCAAACACUCCAUUCACUCUGUCAAUUAGCAAAAGACACAAUCUAUCAUCGUCUCCAGUUAUUCAAUUAUACUGAUUUCAUUGGAUCUGAACUGGUUCCACAAAAUUUGUUUCAAGUUCAGAUUGACUCUUUUAUUGAUGAUUUUAUUAAUAAAAUACCAAAUACAUUUAUGCGAACAUUACGAUUUAUGCAGAACACAACAGCACACAGUUUGUUUAUGACUGGGGCCUCAGUCACUAGUGUUAUACCAGUGAAAGAGUCCUAUAUAGAGUCCAGUCGUGGUAUUUAUUCAUAUGAAAGUAUCGAGUAUACAUUUACAGAUGGCUCGAGCUGCAUCUGUUCCAGUUCAACUGCUACACAUUGUAUGGGACCGACAAUAUUCGAGAAUGAGACUGUUUCUGGUUUUCAAACAGGUUGUUACAUGUUAAGUGCAUUGAUGAACUCGACUCUCGAAGCAUUCUAUAAUCAAACAUUGAUCGACAAGCUGGCUAAUUCAUCGAAAAUUUUCCGAAAACUGAAUUCAUCCAAUCCAAAUGGGACAGUUGACACAUUACUUAGUAAAAUGUUCGUCGAAAUUUGGUCCAAUACAACAUCGUUUGCCAAAUAUUUUCAAAAUUGUGCACCGGAUUCAUGUUCCUAUACAGUACUGCAAAGUUAUAAUUUCUGGAAUAUUUUAAUCAUAUUAGCCAGUUUAUUUAGUGGAUUAACAUCGUUAUUAAGGUUUUUAUCACCUAUUCUCGUUGUACAUGUAUGGCCAUGGAUUGCCAAGUUUAUUGUUCGACAACAAGCACCUGUUACAGUUGAAACUACACCUGUAUCGUCGAUAUGUACGAAAAUAAGAAGAUUAUUUCAGUUCAUCAAACAAACACUCAUUAAUCUGAAUUUGUUCGAAAGUGUUCCACCUUCACAAGAUGAAACUAUUCUUCGACAACAACGUUAUCAAACUCGAUUGUAUAUAAUCAUAUUAUUGGCAAGUUUAAUCAUUCUUACAUUUUGUAUAUCGAUAGAUUCUUAUCAAGUAAAUAAGAUUGUUCGAAAUCCAUCAUUAUCAACUUUUAUUGCACUUGAUGCUCAAUAUCCGUUGAUACUCAACUGUUCAUGUAAUCAAACAAUAUCAAAAUAUCAUCAAUUUAUUUUUGAUCUCAAACCUCAAUAUCAUGAAAUCUGUUCGUCUCACUUCAUUUCUCGUCGUUGGAUUGAUCUGCAUUUUAAAUCUCCAACUCGAGAAUUAUAUACCAAUGAUAUUCAAUAUCAAUCUCCAAUGCAUUUUCAACUUUUAUCGACACUUUGUCAUGUUGCUCAACAAACAGUUGAUGAUCGUCUUCAAUCAUUCAAUGAAACAAAGUUUAUUACUAAUCGAGUUCUUAAGCAAUCAUCAUUCCAAACACGAGUUGAUUCAAUUAUCGAUCAAUUCAAAAGAACAUUACCGGAAUCAUAUCGACGUACCAUUCAAUUAAUGACAGCAAAUUCUGAAAUCAAUCAAUUCAUUGUCCCACUCAAUUCUGAAGCUAAACUUCAGUCAGAAUCACUUUACCGUUUAACGCCUCUGAUGCGUGUUUAUGACUAUCGUGUUCUGUUUAGAUCACCAGCACACUUUCUCAAAUGUGUGGAGUUGUCUUCGGAUGAAUGUGUCCUGGAAACGAUUAUAGACAAUGACAGGUACAUUGAUAUUUUUCCAGGAAUGAUUCAAACUGUAUUUCCUCUGCGAUCUGUUCUACUAUCAACAUUGGAAUGCUUCUAUAAUGAAACAUGUUUUUCGAAAAUUAAGAAUUUAAUUAAUGCGGCAGUAUCAUCGAAAAACUUUUCGACACUUCGUUUAUCAUUGUUAUCCAAUAACGUAAAAUUUCAUGCUGUAAUGAAGUAUAUGAAAAAGACGAUGACUGAAUUCAAUCUUUUCUACGCGAUGUCACCAUCACAAGAUCCAAAGACUCUUCGUCGAAAUCGCCAUUUAACACGAAUCUAUCUGGUUCUACUGAUUAUGUUCUUCUAUAUUCUCGCUGUUUAUACCGUGUUAAUGCAAGAAACCGUUCCUGUUAUUAUCGAAAAUCCAUCCGUGUAUAAAUAUUCAGAACUAUCUACUCAAUAUCAUCGGACACUGAAAUGUUCCUGUAGUCAUAUUGCAGUGACAUAUGACAAAUUCAUUAGUCGACUAGAGCCUCAAUAUCAUCCAGUUUGUUCAAGCGCUUUGAUUACAACCAAGAAAUAUAAUAUUAGUUGGCCAGAAGAUCAUGAUGAUUUCUAUGGUUUUAAACAUAAUGCUGCACUUAAUUUUGAUGAGGAUGAUUUUCGUCGUUGGGUCACGACACAACUGAAGACAGUGUCACAGUUGUGUAUACUCUCUCGAGAUAUCUUAAAUGCAUCACUGUCUUUGUGGCGGCAGAGAAAUCUCAUUACAGGAAAUAUGAUUUCUCCGCCUGAAUUUGACAGACAAAUAGAAGCAUUGAUUAAUGAAUUCAAAAUAACAACACAGAAUGAAUUCUCACAAGCAGUUGACUUAAUUCAAGUGGUAAACUAUGCAAAUCAAUUAGCAACAACACAAUCAUCCAAUUGGCAGUUCAUUCUCAAUAGUGACCCUGAUAGUCCUUCAUUAAAUACCUUAACCAUACCGAAAAUAUAUAAAGAUAAUAAUUGUUCAUGUGCAUUACAAUCGAAUUGCUCGACACUCAAUAGUUUUCCUUAUCGCACAUUGAAUCAAUCGUUAAGACAAACUAUUCCAGGAUUUCGUUCUGGUUGUUUGUCUCUCAAUGCUCUCUUGCAGUCAAAUUUCGCUUGUUUCUACAAUAAAACAUGUUUAUAUCUGAUGCAAACAGCUUCGUAUCACUUGAAAUCUGUUCCUUUUCAAGUAUUAAAUGUCUCGUCAUUAUCAUCUCCAAAUGAGACGAUUGAAAACAUUCUUGGUCAACUUUUUGUUGAAGAAUGGAAAGAAGAAAAAUCGUUUGAGCAGUAUUAUAACGCAUGUGCUCCUCAAUUUUGUCAGUUUUCUUAUUCAUCUAAAUUUAAUGGAGUUUAUUUUGUGACUACACUACUAGCAGUAUUUGGUGGCUUGACAAAAAUAUUACAUUCCGCAAUAUCUUUGAUAGGAUUGAUAGUAAUGGGAAUAUUCGAUUGUAAAAAGAAAAAUCGAGUAAUGCCACAAUCAGAUGUGGAAGUGGUUGAUAUAAAUGAUCAUAAUCCGGAAGUAGUUGUUUCAAAUCUACCAGUGACAACAGUAGAAAUCAAUACAGAUCCAAUACAAGAACAAAUCCAACCAUCAAAAAAGCGAAUAAAGCGAGCAAUUAUGAUAUGUGGAUGUUUGUUAGUUAUUGUUGGAAUGGUGAUCGUUCCAGUCAACUGGUUUAAAAGUACAAGUACCGAACAUAUUUUAACAACUGAAUCAACAACUUUGAUGAUGAGCAUGACCACAAAAGAAUCAGCAACAACAUCUACUGAAAGUUGUUACCUAACUUUGACAUCUCAGUCUGAACCUUAUUCAAUUGGUCACGAUGCACGAUCAUUUAUUCUUAGUGAUUUCAAUAAAGAUUCGUUGUUAGAUUUAGCUGUAACGAAUUACGAGAAUCAUACGAUUAGUGUUUUAUUGGGCAAUGGAAACGGAAAGUUUCGAAUACAAAAAGUCUAUUCAACAGGAGUUGAAUCUUAUCCAUUGGGAAUAACUAGUGGUGAUUUCAACAAUGAUACAUUUCUAGAUAUAGCCGUAGUAUUAUCGGAGCAAAAACAGAUCGCUAUUUUCUUCGGUGAUGGAUCAAACGGUUUAUUUGAUAUUAAGCCUCACACAGUCACUGAAAAUGGCUAUAUUGAUGAUGCACUCAGUGCAAUCGAAGCUAUUGAUCUGGAUGGUAACGGAUUGACUGAUUUCGUGAUUGGAAAUCGUCAUCAUAUACCUCCUGGCGUCAAUAUCAACACCUGGUCACUAUUACUAAAUAAUGGUAAUGGAAGUUCGUACUCAGAUUGUUCUACAGAUUCUUACUUUAUUUCCGCCAUCGACUCUAUUGUCAUUGGUGACUUCAAUAAUGAUGGGAAAGCAAAUGACAUUAGUUUAUGUAGUUCCAAUGGUAUCGUAUCGACUUUUUCUGCCAUACAGUAUGUUGGUAUUAUGAUGGAAAAGUAUCAACAUGUUGAAAACAGAAUUUAUGGAAAACCUCAAUCAAUAAUUCGAGGCCGAUUUAAUGAUGAUGAAUUUGAUGAUUUGGCGCUUGUUUCGCCGGAAUCCGACACAUUACAUGUUUUACUAGCGUAUGAAAAUGGAACGUUUAUUCAACAGAUCUAUCAUAGUCCGCAUUAUCCAGUAUCUGUUGCUAAGAUUAAUUUCAAUAAUGAUUCAAUCGAUGAUUUAGCUGUCUUAAGUUGUAACCAAAUAAUAAGAAUAUAUCUAGGAACAAAACUUGGUAUAUUUCAUGAAAACGACAUCCCGUUUUAUGUUGGCAAAAACAAUACCGAUCAAUGUUUCCAAUCACUUCGAUCAGCCGAUCUAAAUCAAGAUGGUAGAGAUGAUCUCGUUUUCAUUGAUGUCGACUCACAAACUAUUCGAGUUCUCUUGGGAACAAGAUGUAAAUAA